GAAACGUGGAUGUAGCCCGGACACUCGUGAAUGUUGCUACGUAGUUUACAUCCACUUCUUCAGGUGGUGUUAGUGCACGAGGGCAUUUUGAGUGACGCAGUCCGCAAUCCGUUGUCGGGGAUAGUCGGGAAUGGUCGGGAACGACGGGACUCGGGAGUAGACGGGAACGUCGGGAACAGUUUACAGAGGAGAGGGUUCUAAAAUAUAGUGUCUUCUGUUCUGUGGUCUUCACCGGCUUCACCUAACAAGUAACACGUUGUCGGAUGUACGGAUAAAAACAGGAAGAGCUGUUUUUACAUGAAUACCGGUCUUCCUCUAUCCUUCCCAGUUCUAUUUGCCUGAUAAUUCUACAUUCGAGCGCAGUUAUGUAAGGAUAGGCUUCGACUCAAUUUUUACAUGAACGGAGAAGAAUCAGAUGAACAGCGUGAAGCGUGAAUAUUUCGACAUAUUGCUCUAAUCGUAAUCCGCUCGAUUGUUUUAAACGUCGAGCAAGUACAUACGGAUAACUGCAAUUUACAAAUAGAUUAUUAAAAAUUGGGUAGCAACGUUAAAUCCGAUCGACAUGAGUAAAACACCAGUUUCCAUUCUCCAAGAGAUGAUGGUGAAACAGAGCAUUACACCCGAUUACGAGUUGAUACAUGACGGUGGAGGACGUCAUGUGAAUACCUUUACGUAUCGUGUUACAUGCGACGGUCUCAGUGCAACUGGUACAGGUCGCUGUAAGAAGGAUGCCAAACACGAGGCCGCUAAAGCUAUGUUAGCGGAGAUUGCUGCACACAGAAAUUAUCCACAACUGCCAGCUGCUACCACACCAACGGUGUCUCCGUCAAGGUCACCGUUCCACUCCGUUCCUCCUCUACCAAGGACAUCGGCAAAUGUACCUUUCUUCAACGCCGUAGGUGAAUUACAGGAACUUUGCGCCGAGAAUAAUUUAAAGGAGCCAGAGUACACUCCUAUCCGGGAUGUUGGACCGCCACAUGCUCGAAUCUUCACUAUUCGAUGUAAAGUAUCUAAUUUUGAAGAAGAUGGAAUAGCAACUACGAAAAAGCAAGCAAAACACUAUGCUGCGAAAGCAAUGAUAGAUAGAAUAAGGGGUCUCAUGAAUAAUUCGAAUGAUUCCUACAAAGAGAAAAAUGGAGAGGAAUAUUCUCCAAAUUCAUCUUGUAAUUCGACUAUUGACACGGAAACGUUGAAUAGAAAUGCGGAGGAACGUUACCGUGCAUUGGUUAGAACAAAAAAAGUCAACUUGGGUAGUAAAUUAUCUGAAUACCACACUAUUUGGAAAGACUCCUUGGAGGUAGAUAAGCGUAAUAAUAUAUUGGAACAAUUAGAAUAUAAUUUUCCCAAUGAAUUUCUUGAUAAUGAACCAACUACCUAUGAUACUGUAAUUGAAAACGUAUCUGAAUUAAAAAGAAUACUAUUAGAGAUUGAUGUAAUGGUUCAAAUGAAGGACAUAAUUGCGGAUAAUUGUUAUGUGAUGAAAGCAAUAGAGCUCAAUACUUGUCCUUUUCUCACGCAGAUUGGUAUCGGAAGAAAUGAUGUAGAAGCAUCUUGGAAAGCAUUAUCUCUAUUAAUAAACUCCGUAAAAUUACUCCUAUCGUAGAAUAAGAAAUUAAUAAAAAGAAUCAAGAUACAAAUCAAACUUAAAUAUUAAUGAUUUGAAUAAAAGUUUUUUUUUUCAACUUGACAUUCUUUUUGGAUAGAUACACAUUCAAAAUUAUUUUAAUUUUAAUAAAAAGUAUAAAAAGUAAAAUUUUUAUUUUUAAGUCUAAUAUCCAGAGUUUAAAAAAAUGUUAUUGCAUCUCUUAAAGAUAUGGAAGUAUUCUUGAUUUAAGUAUGUAAUUGAUAAGUAUAUUUUUAUGAAAUUACAAAAUCUAAUCAAAGAAGGCUGUUACUUUUUUUAAUUUUGAUUUAUAGCGUCAAAGAUGUAAUAUAGAGGUGAUAAUUAUUGUGUUUUGUAAUUAUUUUUAAAUAUAAUUUUACAUAGACAAUAA